AUGCUUAUCAGUGGAUGGUUAAAUGUUUCAACUGACCCUGUAGUUGGUACCGAUCAAAAGGGGGAAACAUUUUGGAGUCGAAUUCAUAGCUACUGUGUAGAAUUUUGCACUGACAUGACAAGGGGGAUAGUUGCAUGUAAGAAACGAUGGUAUAAGAUCAAUAAGGCUGUUGCACAAUUUGCUGGUUGCUACGAUCAAGCUAGUCGAAACAUAAGGAGUGGUUCGAACGCUGAUGAUAUAAAAGAGUUGGCUUAUAAACUUUAUUCCACAAAUUAUGGUCAAAAGUUCACUUUUGAGAGGCAUUGGAACAUGCUUCGGUUGGAGCAAAAAUGGAGAAGCCAACUACCUAUACAAAGUGGCAGCUCAAAGAGAACCAAGGUUAGUGCAACUGGAGCAUACUCAUCCUCAUCAAACCUAGAAACACCGUUGGCUGACGAACUCAGUGUGGACUCUCCCGUUCGCCUGAAUUACAAGCUCAAGCAGCAAUGA